AUGUCGCCAUCCGAUCCUUCCCACAGCGACCCAAUGGACAUCACUCCGACCACGACCGCGGCGACGGCGCCGCCAGCUCAAACCAGUGCCGGCAGCGACUCAAGCAGUGCACAGAACAAUAGCACAAACACAAACACGAAUGCAAAUGCGAAUGCGAAUGCAAGUGCAAAUACAAGUGCAAAUUCAAAUACAAAUGCAAACACAAACGCAAACGCAAACGCAAGCACAAACUCGAAUGGUUCUUCAGAAACUCCGAGCGCAAAUACCUCGAGUAGUACCUCCGGCCCCAACCAGACAAUUGGAGCGGCCGCCGCAGCUCAGCAACCAAAGGUCGUCCAGACAGCCUUUAUCCAUAAGCUUUACAACAUGCUGGAGGACCAGAGCAUUCAGCAUCUCAUAUCCUGGUCCAGUUCCAAUGAAAGUUUUGUCAUGUCUCCAACCUCCGAGUUCUCCAAGGUUCUGGCGUACGUUGGCUUCCUUCACGCUGUGAUUCCCGCUCGUCAUUCCCCGCUAAUGAAUGGUGCAGCCAAUACUUCAAACACACCAAUAUUUCCUCCUUUGUAUGAUAGCUCCAUUUCACGGCGCAAGAGGAUACCUUCUCACGGAGGACCAGUGAGCGAUGUUUUCCACACAGGCUCUCCAGACUCGGCGCUAUGGGAGUUCAAACACGGAAACGGGAACUUCAAAAGAGGCGACCUCGUAGGUCUCCGAGAGAUCAAGAGACGAGCGUCGCGGCAUGCUCUGAUCCAUCGAGACUCCUUCUCGAACCACAAGUCUGGAGCUUCUCAGCCUGGGACGCCGGCGGAGCAAGCCCAUGAUAACAACUCCGAUGUGCGGCUUAUGAAUCUAGAACACUCCUUGUUUGACAUGCACAACCGUUUGGCACGCGUCGAAGAGAACUAUUCUAUGAUGAGCUCGAGGUGUCAGGCGCUGACGGAAAGUCUGAUGAAAUGCCAGCAGUGGAUGUACUCGAUAUCCCACUUCCUCAUGGCAAUGAAUCCGGACCGGGACAGCCCGUUGUAUCGAGAUGUUUGCAACAUGCAAAGGGAAAUCGAGAGGCAAUUGGAGUCCGUCCGCGGUUUCGAGCAUCCUCAUGAGAGUGUUCGGCAACCGUACUAUGCGAACGUGCCCCCUGACCCAGGUCCACCUCUCUCUCCGCGCCAAGUCCCUCAAGACGACAGUCGUCGGCCUUCGAUGGUUGAUGCUCCCAAAACGAACACGAUUCGGCCUCCUGUUCCUCAACCUCAACAUCUCUCGGCUUCCCCGAGUCGCUACGGCUCCAUCAAUGCAGGCAAUUCUUCUCCGAAUUAUAACCGGCUACAGAUCCCACCUCAACAGCCUCCAAUGCCUCAUCCACUUUCGUCUGCUCCGUCUCCUCAGGGUCCUAACCUCGCUCGUCGGCAUACGUCAGCCGACAUCCGCCAGCAUGGAUGGGCUCCAACGGGUAGCUCUCCCUUUGCAUCUGGAAAUACGUCUAGCAACUCGUCAGCCCAAUGGCCACCUUCGCCUCAUCGAGUGCCCACUUCCAGCGAUCAGCACGUUCGAGAUGUGCUGGCUCAGUACGAAAUCACUGGGUCGAAGCGUCCAAAUGAUAUGUCCCGUCACGCAACUCCGCCGCUGUCAUCCGAAGCGCCUCCUUCGUCGACGCUGAAUGCAGACAGCGGCUGGUCGGUUGGCGGGCCGAAAUUUCCACGGCACGAAUCCUCCUUGCCAGCUACGCGACGUUCAAGCAUGGCUAGCAAUGUCCACUCUCUGCUCAACCCGACUGACACCGCUGAGCGACCGGAGGAGGAUGAUCCGUUAAUACCGGAAGACCGAAAGAGAAAGAGACUGCAAUAA